UCAUAAUUCAAGACACUGUUGCUUUCUCAUUACACAACCUCCAAAAUCAACGCCAAACGGAUUCUUAACACCGAGAGGUUUUGGAUAAAUCAGAAAAGGGACUUUGGAUCCAUGUAAGGAGCUUUUAUUUAUACAUUCGAGACAGCUGUUUGGACAAAAAAAAAGAAAAAAAAGAAGAAGAAGUGUAAUGUCCCUACUUACCAUUUGAGGACAACUCAAUUGUCGAGGCGGGCGCCACAAGUGAUGGACAGAUAUUUUAAACCAUAUUAAUAGAACUAUUGAAACGGCGGGUCAUUGAUUAGGAGGAUACAAAUGAAUGUCGAACAUCUCUAAAGUGUUGUUCAAACUUGUUGGAGCGUUUAAAAGGCAACAUUUUCGCACCUGAGAGUUAAAACAUCAUCCCACGUGGAAUUGGAUCCUACACAUAUUAGUUUUCUAAUGGAUCACCUGAACAGUCAAAUCAAAAUAAACUUUUCUACCUGAUUUGUCUCGAGGGAUCCCAGCAAAUUCCAGCUUUCAGAGCUUGACAGUUCAGAAUGGAUUCACUGAGAUAUGCCAGACAUUGCAUGCACAUUGCAUGCCUUUGCUUCUUCUGGAGGAGUGCAGCAGAUCAGCCCAGCCUGACAGGGCACCAACAGUCUGCCAAUGAAUUGUCCGGCCUAUGUGGUAUCGAUGAGCUUCUUUGCCAGGAUGAGAAUGCUUUGCUGAGUUUUGAGGCCAUCCGCAGCAUUCACAAAGACAUGGACGAUGAUGCAGACGGCAGUGUGGAUGUGACAGAAACGGAUGGGUUCCUGAGGGAGGACUUGAAAUACCACGACCCCAAAAUGAAACACAACAGCUUCCAUAGAGCCGAUCUGCUGAUCACAGUGGAGGACAUGUGGAACUCCUGGAAGGCCUCUGAAGUGUAUAACUGGACAGUAGAGGAAGCUGAGGCGUGGCUCAUCAGCUGUGUGGAGUUACCGCAGUAUGCUGAUUCCUUCAGGAAAAAUGGCAUCAGCGGCAAAGCCCUUCCCAGACUUGCAGUUAAAAACGCCACCCUGCUUCUGACCGUGCUGAAGAUACCGGACCGCAGUCAUGCACAGAAACUUCAUCUGAAGGCUCUGGACACAGUCCUCUUUGGACCUCCACUAAUGAGCAGGCACAGUCACUUAAAGGACUUAAUGUUGGUGGUGUCCAUCGUGAUUGGAAUGGGGGGCUGCUGGUUUGCCUACAUCCAGAACCGAAACUCCAAAGACCACAUGAGCAAGAUGAUGAAAGACCUAGAUGGGCUACAGAGAGCUGAGCAGAGCCUCAUGGACCUACAGCAGAAGCUGCAGAUCGCACAGGAAGAGCACCGCACGGUGGAGUUUGAAAAGGUCAACCUGGAGCAUGAGUUACGAAACGAGAUAAAUGCAGCCAAGCAGGAGGCACAAAGACUCAAAGAACUGCGUGAGGGCACGGAGAACGAGCUCAGCAGACAGAAAUAUGCAGAGGAAGAGUUGGAACAGGUGCGCAUGGCUUUGAGGAAGGCAGAGAGAGAGCUGGAGUCGAGGAGUAGCUGGACUCCUCCUGAAGCUCUGCAGAAAUGGCUACAGCUCACUCAUGAGGUGGAGGUGCAGUACUACAACAUAAAGAAGCAGAAUGCUGAAAGACAACUCAUCGUGGCUAAAGAAGGGGCAGAAAAGAUUAAGAAGAAGAGAGCAACACUGUUUGGAACAUUCCAUGUGGCUCACAGCUCUUCAUUGGACGACGUUGAUCACAAAAUCCUGACAGCCAAACAGGCUCUGGGUGAGGUCACUGCUGCUUUAAGAGAAAAGCUACAUCGCUGGCAGCAGAUCGAGAUUCUGACACGUUUUAAUAUUGUAAAUAACCCUGGCAUGUCCUCUCUGGCCACUGCCCUAAACCUGGACCCUGCUUUCCUGGGCAUCCGCCCCGCCACGCCCCAGCACCUGCUGCUGUCUGAUGACAUAGACGAUAUGGACGAGGACAUACUUUCCGCAGGAACUUUGCAAUAUGCCGCCUGGCAGAUGGACCGACGAGUGAGUGACCUUUGGCCUGUGGGCUCCGAGAGCCAAUCCCUGUGGAAACAUUCUGCUCCCAGCCUGAUGUCUCUCCGGCCGCAACAUGGAGACCCUAUGCUGAACCUGAGCUCACAGAGGUUGGUAGAGGGCUGUGAGAGUGAGACUGGGCCCAUGUAUCCACUGCGGCCCCCCAGCUGCCCCUACACACGAAAGACUCGCAGCCACUCUAUAGGCCAGCUGGAGGAUCUGAACCACUCAGAAUCGGAUUCCUCCCUCUCGAUGUCUCACCCAGCCGGGGACACUCUGCUCUACUCCUCUACUCCACUGUACAAUAAACUUUCCAGAUCCAAUGGGGAUUCCUCCACAGACAGCCCCCUACUGCAGAAAAAGACCUUUGGCAUGGAGAAGUGUGCCAGUCUUGGAGAAAUCCACUCUCAACCAUCCAGCCUCACUUCAGUCGAGUCCACACGCUCUCACUUCUAUACCUCUGCUGAACCAGACGGCCCCUCGGUGAGGAGCAGCAUUCGUGUCACUCAAAUCCCAGGCAAGAAGAACCUGGUGGAUGAGGACAGUGGAUCCACAGGGGAAGACACUGAGGGCUCCAGCACUGGCCGCUUGAAGCCCUCCUUUCCCAGAAUCUUUAGAAAACCAAAGAAAUAACAACAGCAAUGGAAUCCACCAUUCAAGGCCUUCUUGGCUUUUCUGUUGUAAGAGAGUAAUGUAAAUUAAUUAUUGUUUUACAAAGUCACACAUAAAUGGACUAAGGGGCCAUAAAGACAGAACGCAGCACUACAAAUGGAAAUGAAAUCCUAGUGCCUCGAGACACGUUUUUAAAGUUGAAGUUCUUUUUAACAGCAUCUAAAAAAUAUGCCGCUCCUGCGCGAGUUGCUGAAAAAACAAGAUGCGUCGCAAUGGUCAAAGACAUCCGUCUGGUGCAUGUUUACAUAGAGGCAAAAACACAUUUGGUGUUAAAGGAAUAGUCCUGGUUCAAUACACGUUAAGCUCAAUUCAUAGCAUUUGUGGCAUAAUGUUGAUUUUCACACAAAUGUAUUUAGACUCAUCUGUCCUAGUCUUUUAAAAAAAAGAAUAAAUCGAAGUUGCAGUGAACCUGGAAGAUUCCUUUAAGACUAGCACAGUGAUACAUUUUUAACCUCUUCACUGGGAGCAUCUUUUUAAAGAAUUAUAUUCUUUAUAGAUUAUAUUCUCUAGUCUAGGACAUGUAAUUUAUGUUGUAUUUUGAUUUAUAGUUUGUGUUGACCAACGGAACAGGAACAGUCAUUUGUUGGGAACAGGUAUGAUAUCACUGUAAAUUAAUUUAUUUAGUUAACUGAACAUAAGGGCACUUGAUGGCAUGUCUAUUUUGGGUGUUUCAUCUAUUUUUAUUAUAAGCAGUUUGAGCUUUCACUCUCCAUGGCCUGAUUUAUAAACACUGAAGUGCAUGCAAAUGACUCCACUUGCUCUUUGCUAUAUUGUUUUACAUAGGAUUUGCCUGGACUUUUGCCUUUUCAUGUGGUGCUGCAAUGUUCUUUUGCAACUCAGUAUUGUUGCCAGGGUAACAAUUCAGCCACAAAUAUUAUUACCAUCUGUAUCUUUAGAUAGUCUUAGUAAAAGACAUCAGAAUACUUAAAUAGACAUACCACAUCCACCUAUUUAAAAAACAUUAGACUGUCAGUUUGAGUAUGCAGCAUCUAUGUACUUGUAUUUUCAGAUGGUUGUGGGUGCUGAAUAUAUCCUUUUAUUUUGCAUUUUACUCCUGUUACCAAAAUGGUUUAUGGUCUAUGGAUAUCACUGUAAAAGCAAUGCCAAAUGUUUUUUGCGGUGUACUCCCUAUUUGUGUAAACAGAUGUGUAGUUCUCAUACUCAUCUCUGUCUCUGCUGGUCUGCAUGUUACUAAAGUCCUUCAUUAAAAUAAAAAAUAAAAAUACUGAAAUUUAAA